AUGGCAAGCCACGUGCCAGAGGGCUACGCGCCCGACAGGAUGAGGAGGUACAUGGCGCACUUCACAAGCGAGGCACAUCUAGACGGGGGCAAGCUAGGCAGCACGACAGACGAGGAGCGGCAGGCGCGGCAGCGCGAGUACACGGCAGUUGCCAAGGACUACUACGACCUGGUCAGCCCGCUGUACGAGCAGGGCUGGGGCCAGCGGUUCCACUACACGCCCAUGGCGCCGGGCCUGUCCAUCGACGCCAGCAUGACCGAGUACGAGCACGAAUUUGCGCGGCUAGCGGGCCUUCGCGCCGGCAUGCGCGUGCUCGACAUCGGCUGCGGCAUUGGCGGGCCCGCGCGCACCCUCGCCCGCCGCGUGGGCUGCCAUAUCGUCGGCCUCAGCAACAACGCCUGGCACAUUGAGCGCGGCACGGCCCUGACCAAGGAGUCCGGGUUCGAGGAGCUGGUCAGCUUUGUGCAGGGCGAUCUGAUGAAACUGCCCUUUGACGACGCCACGUUCGACGCCGUCUACGUCUUCGAGGCGCUGUGCUAUGCGCCGGACCCGGCGGCGGCCUACAGCGAGGUGUGGCGGGUGCUCAAGCCGGGCGGGCUGUUCGCGCUGACCGACUGGGCCAUGACGGACAGGUUUGUCGAGGGCAACCUGCACCACCGCGGCGUGCGCAACUGGAUCGAGUUCGGCAACGGCAUCACGCGCAUGCCGCGGGUCGCCGAGAUGCGUGCCGCGCUGGCCGAGACGGGCUUCGAGGUGCUCCACGAAGAAAACAUGGCGUACCGCAGCCACCCGGGGCCGUGGUACUUUGGGCCGGCCGGCGACGUGCGGUGGGCGACGACAUGGGGCGACUUCUGGAAGGUGUUCACCAUGUCGCCAGCGUUUCUGUUUGUGGUCAACGGCGUGUACCGGCUGCUGGUGCUCGUGGGGAUCUUGCCGCGGGAGGUGCUGGCGCUUAUAGACACCAUGUGGUACUGCUGCCGGUCCGUGGCCAUGGGCGGCCAGCUCGACAUCUUCACGCCCAUGUACCUGUUUGCCACGCGCAAGCCAGGCGCUGGCGGUGAUGGCAAGGGCAAGAACAAGGACAAGGCUGGCAAGGGCAAGGGCAAGGGCACGGGCAAGGGCACGGGCAAGGGCACGGGCAAGGGCAAAGAAAAGAGUGGUUGA